AUGAAAGAACAAGGAGAUAAAGUCCAUAAGGUGCACUCGUAUUCGUUCAUCGAGCGGGUGGACGAUCCCGUCGGUUUGUCGUCCGCAGAAGAGUCGAUUUUGUCUUCCGAUGAGUCCAGCUCCGACUCGGCAAAAAGACAGAAAGGAGGAUUGCCCCACUCUUCAGGGGAGUCCGAACUCAAUGCGUCGUCCAUGUUUUUCUCUGAAAACGUCAACGACAACCAUAUUGAGGACGAGUACAACGACGUUCCAUUUGCAAACAGUUCCAGUGCCUCAUCCACUGCCGAAAACGUCUCCGACACAUCGCUUGCUGCCAACCUCGACUACCUUAAUAUCUCCAACUCCAGUCUGGUUGAGCAGAAAAAAGAGGAGUAUUCCAAUGAGAUCCCGGACUUCUAUCUCCCCGAGAAGCUCAACUACCCGUACCGUUCGCCAUACGACUUCUCAGACGCCGAGUUUGAAAAGAUGAACCACUUUGACUUUCUCCAGACUUUGAACUUUAGAGAACCUCCGCUGCUACCGCCAUAUCUCAACUCCAACCUGCUCAACGAUUCGCCUUCCCACAACUACCGCACCUAUCCGUACCAGUACCAGUACUCGAACCACGUUUACAUCAACGACCAGUACCGCUACAACAUCAACGACCUAAACCUCAUGGACAAGUAUAGUCGUCAGGUGCGGUCCAAAUCCAUCAGAGAGACACUCAAAAAACGCGCCAGUGAUCAGGGUAUCCCCACUCUUGCCCAGCUUAGACACGCAGACUACGUCGAGAACGUCGACCACGAAGACAUCCCAAAUCAUGUCAUGCUCAAUCAUCUCAUCACGUGCAACUCCAAGGUGGACAACGUUCUUACCGGUUCUUGUAUCCAUAGAUACGCAGGCAAGUUCAUCACUCAGAUCGUUUAUUUCCCUAUAUCCUAG